AUGGAGUUAGCAGUUAAAAACUGUGAUUAUUUCCUUUCGGUAACAUCUUUAACAGUGGCCGAAGACAGAGAUUCCCACGUGGCAAUAAAGGGGUCCGGGGACCCCGAUCCAGUCGAAGAGGAUUCUUCGGCUUCUCGAGGCUCUUUCCACGGUGGGAUGGAUCAAACGAGGAGGCACAGGACGGCGUUCACGAGGGAGCAGCUCGCCCACCUGGAGCAGGAAUACUGCAAGGAAAGCUACGUGUCAAGACCGAGGCGCUGUGAGCUGGCCGCGGCGCUCAACCUGCCGGAGACUACAAUAAAGGUCUGGUUCCAGAACAGAAGAAUGAAAGACAAGAGGCAGAGGCACACUUUAGGUUGGCCUAACCCAAUGGACCCAACUCUCUACGCCUACAUGAUGAGUCAAGCAGCUGCUAGUCUUCCUUACACUUUUCUUCCUCACAUGCCUCUGCACCUGUACUCUCCCAUGGGACUUAACACUGGGGCGCCAGCUCCUGGACCAUUCAGCAGCCCUCUCCGGCCCUUGGACUCUCUGCGAUUCUCUCAUCCUCCUUACCCACGACCUGACCUACUAGCUAGUCUGAGACAGCCUACCUUCUAUUCUGCUGCUCACGGACUUCACCAUCCAAGUUCCUGUCUUUGCAUUUUGUGUACAGGAAAUUCAGGAACUCAUCGAGGACCCACUUUACUCAGGGGGUCUGCUUCUCAGAGUGACGGCCUACUAAAUUCAAACCCUUCUGUUGUGAAGCCUGCUGUGGUUCCCAUGGACAGAAGAGAAGAAAUACCACUGUCAAGAUGACAAUACAUCUCGUUUUGUAAAUAAUAAUAAUAAUUAUUAUUCUGAUGGUUGUAGUUAGUGGAAAAGAAUUAGAUUUUAUAAAGAAGAGGAAGGCAUGGUUGACUAUAAAUGCCUAUUGACCUUGCGGGAAAAAAUACUGUAAAGAAAAACUUAAACUUGAGUCAAACCUAAGGUAGCAUUGUUUUUUGUUUUUGCUAAAGUGAAGCAAAAUGAUACAUUUCUCAAUAGCUUAUUUUCACAUGUUUUUUGAAGUUUACUCAUCUCUUAGUGACUAGACAGUGUCUCACUGGCUUUCUGAUGUGCACUGGAUAUAGCUGAGGAAUUUCAUCUACCUGCCUACCACUAAAUAGUAAAAGAGUGUUUGCAAAGAAAUGGAACCUGUGGUUGUCCAGGCUAAUUAGUGAAUGCCGUAGGUAUCUCUGCUGACUUUUACGACAGCAUAAGAUCAUUGAAGUGUGACAUUUGAUGUAGUCCGUUUAAGUGAGUGACCAAAUGUGAACUGGCUAGAGUUUACUGCAAUGUUGCUAUUGCAAUAGGAGAUCCUCCUAACAAUGCCAUGAUGUUUGGGGUUUAAGAGAUCCAACCUUAAGACUGGAGACAAGUGAACAACCUCUCCUCUCAAAAUAACUGUCAGAAAGAAUUUAUAUUUGCAGAUCUAUGACCAUUUGCACAAGCUUAUCAUUACAUCUUGUGAGAUUAGGGAUCCUAUUAGGGUGCUCUACCUGCAGAAUGACUGUGGAUUUAGAGACUGGCAUCGAAGCUACAGCGAUGAGCUGUAACCAACACUGGCUAUGCCAUGGGAUGGCUUGGCUCUGAUAUUCUAAAGAAAUCUACAGUGCUCUUUGCAGAAUGGAAUCUCAAUUUACUUAUGACUUGCACUACAUUAUGAGAACAUAAACUAAGUUUUCUUUUUUUCAUG